UUUUUUUUAACCUGAUACCGUGGGAGUUUUAUAAUUGUUCUUCAGAAGAAGAACAAGAGCCAAAGUGGAAGUUUCAGGCCUAAGCAUCACUUAAAGUUUCAGUUUUUUACUGCUUUGAAGUAAGAGAAGUGGCAGAAACGUGUCCAGCACAGCAUUAAGAGUCAAAGAAAAACCUGUUCUGUAUUUAUGUCUGAUCGUUUGUACUAUAGCAUCUUGGCUGACGAUGUACCGCAAGAUAUGUCAAUGAACGUGCUUUGCAAUUCUUCCCGGAUUUUGGCAGGCAAAGAUUCCAAAUAUGGUAUGACUUUAUGCUUGUGGUAUGAUUGCCCAGAAGAAAUCUACUGCAGACUGCAAAAGAUGGAAGCUUUUAUGCAAAUACCAUUAAAUUCAUCACAGUGUUUUGCAGCACUGUUGUCCUGAAAAGGUCGUCUUCUGAUGGAUGGAUGCUAUUUUGGCAACCCAGCAAGAAAGAAGGGUUGUGUGGGCGUACUGCAUUUGCUGCUAUGUUUUUGGGACUUGAGCAUCCAGCUCCAUAUUAAAUCACCUAUUUGGUUUUGGUUAGCAUUGACACAGUCUAUUUAUAUGAAGAACCUGAUCUAGACCUCGAGACCUUUCCUCUUGUGUUUAACCUGGUUACGGAUGCCGUUGAUGGAAGGCGUGUGUAAAACAGUUUGGGAUGUACCGGCUGGUGCCACGAUGUAUCUGAAGGGAGGUAUCAGCUGUAGGACCACUGACGGGACACAGACAGUGAGUUUCAUGGGGUGGAUUUUCUGCCAGAAGAUCUCAACGAGGCUCCGGAGAGAGGAAUGAGGGUGAACAAGAAAUACUCCUGUCUACCUGCUGAGGAGAAGGGGAUCCACAUUAUCAACAUCCGAGCUAUUGAGGAUAUAGGAUAUGACCAGCAUGAGAGUACAUUAUUAAAUUCCCUAUCCAAAAAUCCAGAUGCUGACUGCAAAUAUGGACUCUACUUCAGAGACGGCAAGAGAAAAGUAGACUACAUACUAGUUUAUCACUACAAGAAGUCCUCAGCAGGGAAGACGCUCACCAGGAGAGUUCAUCAUAAUGAUUCAAGUGCCCGAAGCGCCAAGCAGGAUCAGCCGCUUCCCGGGAGGGGAGUCCAGCUGGAGAUGGGGGAAGGCGAACCUCACGUGGAUUACCACGAAGACGACAAGAGGUUUCGCAGGGAGGAGUACGAAGGGAACCUUGUGGAGGCCGGUCUGGAACUGGAACGCGAUGAGGACACUAAAAUCCAUGGGGUUGGAUUUGUAAAAAUACACGCACCGUGGAAUGUAUUGUGUCGAGAGGCAGAAUUUCUUAAGCUCAAGAUGCCCACAAAAAAGAUGUAUCAGAUCAAUCAGACCCAUGGUCUUCUGAAAAAGAUUAACUCCGUAAUUCAAAAAAUAACAGAGCCCAUCCAGCCAAAAGUAGCAGAACACAAACCUCAGACGGUGAAGCGCCUCUCCUACCCCUUCUCCAGAGAGAAGCAGCACCUAUUUGAUUUGUCUGACAGAGAUUCCUUCUUUGACAGUAAAACAAGAAGCACUAUAGUUUAUGAAAUAUUGAAAAGAACGACAUGUACCAAAGCAAAAUAUAGCAUGGGGAAAGGAGAGGGAAGAAAGAAGGAAACUACCCUUUUAAAUAAAAGACGAAAAUGUGGUAAAUAUGGGAUCACCAGUCUGCUUGCCAAUGGAGUUUACAGUGCUGCAUAUCCUCUGCAUGAUGGUGACUAUGAAGGUGAAAACAUUGAACCUAACGACAGAAAACUCCUGUGUGAGGAGUGGGCGAGCUAUGGAGUCUUUUACAAAUAUCAGCCAAUUGACCUGGUGAGAAAAUACUUUGGAGAGAAGAUUGGGCUAUAUUUUGCCUGGCUGGGAGUUUAUACACAAAUGCUUAUUCCAGCUUCAAUCGUAGGGAUUAUCGUUUUCCUCUAUGGCUGCGCAACUGUGGAUGAGAAUAUACCAAGUAUGGAAAUGUGUGACCAGAGAAACAAUAUCACCAUGUGUCCCUUAUGUGACAGAACGUGCAGCUACUGGAAGAUGAGCUCCGCUUGUGCGACUGCUCGCGCAAGUCAUCUGUUCGAUAACCCUGCAACUGUCUUCUUCUCGGUCUUCAUGGCUCUCUGGGCUGCCACCUUUAUGGAACACUGGAAGAGAAAACAGAUGCGUCUCAACUACAGGUGGGACCUGACUGGGUUUGAAGAGGAGGAGGAGGCAGUCAAGGAUCAUCCAAGAGCAGAAUAUGAAGCUAAAGUUUUAGAAAAAUCGCUGAGAAAAGAACACAAACAUAAAGAGACAGACAAAGAAAAGCUGACAUGGAAGGAUCGUUUUCCAGCCUAUUUAACCAAUUUUGUUGGCAUUAUCUUCAUGGUUGGGCUGACCUUCGCUAUAGUGUUCGGAGUCAUCAUAUACAGGAUCUCGACUGCAGCGGCGCUGGCAAUCAGUUCCACUCCCUCGGGCCGGUCAAGCGUUAGGGUCACCGUCACUGCCACCGCAGUCAUUAUCAAUUUGGUCGUCAUCAUCAUCCUGGAUGAAGUAUACAGCUGCAUCGCAAGGUGGCUAACUCAGAUCGAGGUGCCAAAAACCGACAAGAAUUUUGAAGAGCGACUGAUUUUUAAGGCUUUCCUGCUGAAAUUUGUCAAUGCCUACACACCCAUUUUCUACGUUGCUUUCUUCAAAGGCCGAUUUGUUGGACGUCCAGGAGACUACGUCUACAUUUUCCAUUCUUUCCGAAUGGAAGAGUGUGCUCCAGGCGGUUGCCUAAUGGAGUUGUGUAUCCAGCUCAGUAUUAUCAUGUUGGGCAAGCAGCUGAUUCAGAACAAUUUAUUUGAGAUUGGCAUCCCAAAAAUGAAGAAAUUUAUACGAUACAUGAAAUUAAAGCGUCGGCGUUCUUUAGACCAUGAAGAGCACAUGAAAAAAAAGCAGCGUUACGAAGUGGACUACAACCUGGAGCCUUUCGCUGGACUUACCCCUGAAUACAUGGAAAUGAUUAUUCAGUUUGGGUUUGUAACUUUGUUCGUUGCAUCCUUCCCACUGGCGCCUUUGUUUGCUUUGUUGAACAAUAUCAUUGAAAUCCGUCUAGAUGCAAAAAAAUUUGUUACUGAGCUGAGGAGACCGGUAGCAGUCAGAGCAAAGGAUAUAGGAAUCUGGUAUAAUAUCCUCAGAGGUAUUGGAAAGCUUGCUGUCAUCAUAAAUGCAUUUGUGAUCUCAUUCACAUCCGACUUCAUUCCACGCCUCGUGUACCUGUAUAUGUACAGUGAGAAUGGCACCAUGCAUGGCUUCGUGAACCAUACGCUAUCCUCUUUUAAUGUCAGCGAUUUUCAAGCAGGAACAGCUCCAAACGACCCCAUGGAUCUUGGCUACGAGGUUCAGAUAUGCAGAUACAAAGAUUAUCGAGAACCCCCUUGGUCCGAAAACAAGUAUGACAUUUCAAAGGAUUUCUGGGCUGUCCUAGCAGCAAGAUUAGCAUUUGUGAUAGUUUUCCAGAACUUGGUCAUGUUUAUGAGUGACUUUGUUGACUGGAUUAUCCCAGACAUUCCCAAGGACAUUAGUCAGCAGAUUCAUAAAGAGAAAGUUCUCAUGGUGGAGGUCUUCAUGAGAGAAGAGCAAGGCAAGCUGCAAAUGCUAGAAACCUGGAAAGACAAGGACAAGAAAAAAGGUGAAAACUGUAACAAUCACAGCCCCAGACUCUCCAGGAGCCACAGUGGGAGCUUGUCCUCCUGCCAUUCGUAUCCUCUCGACGUAUAGAAGAGGAGGGAGUUAAAGAUGUCGGGGCAUUCCACUGAUACACAAGCCAUUGCGUAAAGGGCAGGACUCGAUUAAUGGACAACCUGGUGCAUGUUGAAGGAUGUGCUGCCAUUUUGCUCCCAUCUUUGUGAGAAACGCUCUUCUUACAAAUAUGGAGGACCACAUUCUAUUUCUGAUAAUGUUGUUUUUUCUUUUGCACAAGCAGUAAUGCAGGGAAUUUUUAUAUUUCAUCGAUAGAUAACACUGUUGACGUUGGUGUGCAUUAAUAAAUGCAGAUACUUAGUAUGUCUUGAUAGAGAUAUUCUCUGAGAAUUUGACCUUAGCCUAUAAAUUAACUAAAUAAAUAAAGGUAAAUUUUAAGUAAUAGUAAUACUACUAAUUUAAAAUAUUUUUGGAACCCCAGGCUUGAAGGUCCAUGAGAUAACUCCGUAAAGUAUAUGCAAAAUCAGCUUUAGAGUGUGCCCUAGUACUCCUUUUGGCAGGAGAGAAACCACGUAAAGCCCACCAGACUGACUUGCUGCCCAAGAGAGGGUUUGGCUCUGCUGGCAGACAUCUGUGUGCGAACCCGCAGGUCUGAAACAAGCAGAGCUCCCGCUGAGCUUUAGAGUCACACAGGCGCGUGGGGCACUUGUGGCAUUCUGCUGUGUACCCGAGACCUUCACCGGGGCACUGCUCUUCUUCAGAAACAUCAGAAAAAUAAAUCUGGAAAAGUUCUUUUUCACCAGUGAAGGACUGAUGUGGAUGAAGCUACCUCAGUGCCCCAUCAGCUCGGUUUGAGUGGUCCCCCAGCGGCUCCUCGCUCAUGGCCAAGCAGCGGCAGCACAGUUUUGGAGAUCCUGCCAGCAGGUAGAUGAUCAGAGAGCAUUUUCUUAAAUGCCCUGAAUUAACGAGCACACGUAGAGCUACAGUGACUCACACUGCCCUGCCUAGUACUCGGACACCGUUGUUGCUGAGGAAAUUCCCUUUUUCCUCUUGUUUUAGCACAUCCCUUUCGUAGCCAGGUUCUUCUCUGUAGCCCUCUAUCCUCUGCAGGAGAAAGGAGUCUGCAACCGUUUUUCACAGCAGACUUUCUGCUGUCGAAUGGCCUUUCCCAGAGGUUGUGCUGGAGGAGUAAAUCCAAAAUGUGUCCCACUUUACUGUCUUCGAUGGAAGUUUUGCCUGCACUGGGGCUACAGGACCAGACCUUCAGUUAGUUACUGGACUUUUCUUUUGUCUUAAAAUACUCUAUCUUUUUGUACAAGGAGCUUCCUUAAAGUAGAAGUCUAAACCCCUUACUUACGAUGCCUAGCUAAAACCCAUCAGUACCACUCUUUUUAAACAUAGUACAUUUUAGUUUUGCUUUGUCAAAUGAUAAACUGCACUUCCAAAUAAUAUUGGUGCAAUUACCCUCGUUUCUCUUAUUGCUUUGUCUUGUCCAUGGCACUUGCAUUGCAAAUAUAAAACUGAAAAAUAAAAUAAAAAUGAAAGAUUUCUUUAAA